AGGAACAAAAGGAGAUGUGGGAACUGGGGCCCUAACUCUGUUAGCUGUCAAAGAGAUUGAUACCACUUUGAUGCCCAGGCUCCAGGCCAAAGGCUGCUCUCCUGCUCCCAGCCCCGUGCUGGGAAGCCUGUUUGGUUAGGAGAGGAAGUAGAAGGUCCUCGGAGUCUAGAGCUUAUGUCUUCUCCAUUCUAGACAACUGUCAUCAUGCCCCACUCAUACCCAGCUCUUUCUGCUGAGCAGAAGAAGGAGUUGUCGGAUAUUGCUCUACGGAUCGUGACCCCCGGCAAGGGCAUUCUGGCUGCAGAUGAGUCCGUAGGCAGCAUGGCCAAAAGGCUGAGCCAAAUUGGGGUGGAGAACACUGAGGAGAAUCGCCGGCUGUACCGCCAGGUCCUAUUCAGUGCUGAUGACCGUGUGAAAAAGUGCAUUGGGGGGGUCAUCUUCUUCCAUGAGACACUCUACCAGAAAGAUGACAAUGGUGUCCCCUUCGUCCGCACCAUCCAGGAUAAGGGCAUUCUCGUAGGCAUCAAGGUUGACAAGGGUGUAGUGCCUCUAGCUGGGACCGACGGGGAAACCACCACUCAAGGGCUGGAUGGGCUCUUGGAACGCUGUGCUCAGUAUAAGAAGGACGGUGCUGAUUUUGCCAAAUGGCGCUGUGUACUAAAAAUCAGUGAUCGCACGCCGUCGGCACUGGCCAUAUUGGAGAAUGCCAACGUGCUGGCCCGCUAUGCCAGCAUCUGCCAGCAGAAUGGGAUCGUGCCUAUUGUGGAGCCUGAGAUUCUGCCUGACGGAGACCAUGACCUCAAACGUUGCCAGUAUGUUACAGAGAAGGUCCUGGCUGCUGUAUACAAGGCCCUGAGUGACCAUCAUGUAUACCUCGAAGGGACUCUGCUCAAGCCCAAUAUGGUGACCCCUGGCCAUGCCUGUCCCAUCAAGUAUAGCCCAGAAGAGAUCGCCAUGGCAACUGUCACUGCCCUGCGUCGUACUGUGCCCCCAGCUGUCCCAGGGGUGACUUUCCUGUCUGGGGGUCAGAGUGAAGAGGAGGCUUCUCUCAACCUCAAUGCCAUCAACCGCUGCCCACUUCCCCGGCCCUGGGCCCUCACCUUCUCCUAUGGGCGUGCCCUGCAGGCAUCUGCACUCAAUGCCUGGAGAGGACAAAGGGAUAAUGCUGGGGCUGCUACUGAGGAGUUUAUCAAGCGGGCAGAGAUGAACGGGCUUGCAGCCCAGGGCAGAUAUGAAGGCAGUGGAGAUGGCGGAGCGGCAGCACAGUCCCUCUACAUCGCCAACCAUGCCUACUGAGGCACGCUGACUCUACCCACAGCCCUUGGCCUAGCAAUGCACAUCCCAUUUUGCCUAUAGUCACAGCCAGGGCCAAAUAGCUAUGCAGAACAGAGAUAUCUUUAUCCAGCGCCAAGUCAUCUCACAUCUCACAUGCCUUACAUUGCUGUACCCGAGACCACAGGAUGGGAGGGUAGAGAUGCCCUCCCAUGUUUGAAGAUGGGGGGACUUUCUAGAAGUCAGAACAGAACAUGUGGACCUUUUUCCUGUCUCCACCAGCCCUUACAGUUACCCUUGAUGGUAUAGUUUGUCCUUGGGCUCUGCUUGCUAAUUUUCUCUCUUGGGAUCAGGGGGACGUGAACUCCAGCCCUGACUCGUGCUCCUUAUGCUCUGAGUACAUAGCAAAUAAAUGAGAGCAAAACACAGCACACCGCUCUGUCUGUCUGUCUGUUGCACAUACCAAAGUCUACCUCCAUGUGUGCGACCUCUUGCUGAUCCUAUCUCAGAGCCCCUCUGAUUGUGGUGGUGGUGGUGAGGUGAGAUCUGAGUUUUCCUGAGCUUCAAGUUUUGUGGAGGAAGGGUUCACCUGGCUCACCAUCCCUAGCUCAGGCUCCUACCUGCUGAUUUCCAAAGCUGGAGUUGUUGUUAGAGGGCCUGGGGGUGGAGAGGAGGGUACAGGUCUUCCAGGGACUGACACAUUAAAGGAUCCAGCAGGAUGAGAAACUCCAUUUUGUGCAAGGCUCAAAGGGGACAAGCAGGGAUCAGAGUGGGCCAGUUCUCCUCCAUCUCUGAAGAAUGUGCACUUAGGUCUUUUCCAAUAAGGAAACCUUCCAAGCCUCGGGGCUACAGAGCUGAGUGUCUAGAAGCUUGCCAAGGGCUAUGACCCACUUCCAUGUAGAGAAGGGAUUCAUCGGAGGGUUCUGGACUUGUUAGAACUGAUAGGGCUUUGUGGUGAAUGAUUACCCCUGGGCUAGAGUGUGAGGUAGGGUGACACUAGACAGAUGUGCACUGGAAAAGUCAUUGAUGUUCUGCUCUGUGUGGCCUGACCUUAUAAUCAAAGCAGCUAACUCAGCAAUUUCCAUAUGCUUCUGCCAGGCACUGUUCUUCUAACCAUUAUUAUAUGCAUUAACACAGCUCUGUAAAGUAGGUACCAUUGUACUUUUCAUAGGAGGAAACAGGCUUCAAAGAGAGGCUGAGAGGCUAUUUAGGAUUCGAACAGCAGGCAUUACUAUAUAGAGGCUGUGCUCAGGAAUUUUUCAAUGAAGCAUCCUCAAUCGCUCGAAUUGGAAUCGAUUUUUAAAUCCUAGUCUAUAGUCUCGGCUAGUUGGGAGGCUGAGGUAUCAGACAUUAGGGACAGGAUCACUUUAACCCUCUGGAUCGUAUAGGGAGAUCUGUCUCAACAUUAACUAAAAUAAAAUUAAUCACAUAGUAGCCAACCAUGCUAAAAA